AUGACCUCUUUCACUUUUGAUCAGUUCGUCGCCUUUGGGUCUGACAGUGCUGGUCUCGAACGCAUCCUCCGCGGCCUCCAAGCCCUCACCGCAAUCUUCUCAGCAUACCCAUCCCUCGUGGCCCUCGCCCUCCUAGAUGCAGACCCCCCAUUCCUCGAAGCUCUAGGCCCGCUACGAGGCCACCUCAACCUGACGCGCCGCUUCAUCCGCUUCUUCUGGUUCCUCAACUCCUUUGGCACUUCCUACAACCUCUACACCUCCAUCUCCUCAUCGCCGUCAUCAUCGUCCUCUUCACCAGCUAAGAAGAGCCAAGGCGCGGGUCUGGAGACCUGGCUCGACAUCAUCAAAUUCACGCUCCUCGGCCUCUACGGCGGUCUCGAGUCCCUCACCCUCCCGGACCUCCUGGGCGUGCCGCACAUCGGCUACUUUGGCGCCGAGCGCACGCGGGCGCUGAAUGUCGAGGCGCAGCGGUUUUGGCUGCUUGCGUUGGCGGCGGGUGUGUUUGCGAAUUUGACGCGCUUGCUCAAGGCUUUUGCGUACGCGCCGGUGCCGCGGCAUGGUCACGGGUAUGGGACGGGAGAGAAGCCGGGGGAGACAAAGAAUGCUGCCGUUGAGGGAGCUUCUGAGAAAGAUGCUGCCGCUGUCUCCGACGAAAAGAAGCAGGAAGAGGUAGAGGAUGAGAAGCUUGACUGGGAGGCUGAGCGUACUCGUCUCCGGGCUAUUGUCAUGAAGAGGCGGGAGAAUAUGAAGCGGUGGAGGAGGGAGGUUGCGGUCAAGGUCAAGAGCCUCGGGCGCAAGAUCUUUUCCGAUUCGCUGGAUUGCCUUAUUCCGGGCGUGAUUCUGGGUUGGGUUAAUGUUCAGCCGGGGACUGUUGGGAUUGCCAUGCUCAUCACUACCGUCUUGAGCAGUAGAGACAUUUGGGAUAGAUGUGGUGCGACUGUUAGAGAGAGGAGGAGCUCUUGA